UGCAAAGAAAAAACAGGUGCUUUGGGUCCCUUUACGUUAGGAGGGUGAUCUACCUUAGACCAGUUUGUUCACAAUCUUUGUAUUGAAAAUUUGCAACAAAUUUCCUUGGCUUCCAUUUACACUCUGACUUCUUUAGUUUUUUCUUUCCCCCUUUUUGUUUUGUCGCCAAGUGCUUCCUCAUCUCUCAGGUUUGAACAAAGGCGAAAAAAUCUGCUCAGGUGUUCGCAUUUCAGAACAAGAGAGUGAAAGAAUGGCUUGUCUUACCCCUGGUGUACUACUAAAGCUCCUCCAAGGAAUGAAUUCAAAAGCAAAAGUAGGUGGUGAACACCGUUCGGUCCUUCUACAAGUGAUCAGCAUCGUCCCAGCCUUAACCGGUUCAGAGCUAUGGCCUAACCACGGCUUCUUCAUAAAAGUCUCGGAUUCGUCUCAUUCCACAUACGUCUCGUUAUCAAAGGAAGACAACGAGUUCAUCCUGAAUAAUAAACUGCAGCUUGGCCAAUUCUUCUAUGUCGACAGGAUGGAAUCUGGUACGCCAGUGCCUAUCCUAGUUGGGGUGAGGCCGGUUCCAGGAAGACAUCCAUUUGUCGGAAAUCCCAAGGAUCUAAUGCAAAUGGUAGAGCCAUCCAUGGGCCCGAUUCAGGUUGAUCAGGAGGGAAUUACUAGAUCGAAAUCGAGUGAGUUGACGGAAUCCAAAGAGAACUUGAAAAAGAAAUUUGUCAUGAAAGAGGAGAAGGCAGCGGUUCCAUCUAGGUACAUGCAAGGUGUUUUGACAUCUAAUGCAAAAGCGAAUGGAGGUGAUCAAAACACAGCUGGGAAGAGCAACGAGAAUGAGAGUAAUGGAGUCAGUAAGAAGGUUGCACCGGUGAAAACAAAAUUUCAAGAGCUCCAAGGUCAGGCACGACCAUUUACUCCAUCUGGCAAUCUUGCUGAAGUACUUGCAUCAAAGCCAGAAGUUGAUAUAUUUGAUACCAAGGACAAGGAAGCUUUGACGCCAUUGAAAAGUAGAACGGCAAAACACAUCGUGACAAGUAAACUAGAAAACAUGAAGUUGAACUGUUUGGCACACUCUAGGGAGAAGACUCAGAUGCCUGAGAUCAUGUCCUGGUCCUCUCUACCGGCCAACCUUUUGAAGCCCGCCAAGGGAAUGGUUAGAAGAAGAAACUUGGCUUCUUUGGUAGCUGCAGAGGCUCAAAAAGAAGCAUCUUCAGCUGCAAUUCUUGUCAAGUGCCUCAGUAUGUUUGCCGAUCUUUGCUCAUCUGCAUCACCAGAGAAUCCCCACCUCUCUCUCACCAAGUUUUUCGCCCUUCACCAGCUUAUCAACCAACCAAAUGCCACACCCCCAUCAAAGGACAAACCACUUCAUCUCCCUAUUAUCUCAACUCCUUAUGACAAGGACAUAGACAAAAGUAGCAGAAAUAGAGGCCUUGAAAAUGGAAAAAGUAUAUCGAAAACCUUGAAGCCGUCGAUAGAGUUAAGUGGGGCUGAUAAACUAGAAUGGGCAAAAGGAGAUGUUAUGAAGGAUAUCAAAGAUCUAAGAGAGAACCUGUCAAAUGAGACACAAUCUUGGUUCUUGAAAUUCUUGGAGGGAGCACUUGAUGCAGGGUUUCGUGUGGAAAAGAAAGGAAAGGAGAGUAUGGGGCGGAGAGUGGAGCCAGACAACCAUAUUGCUGUCACAUUGUCACAACUCAAACAAGCAAACGAAUGGCUGGACAAAGUGAAGACCAACUUCAGCUUAGAGAAAAACGGGUUAGAUGAGACUGUUGAACGGUUGAAGAAAAAAGUAUAUGAUUGUUUGCUUGUUCAUGUGGAAUCUGCUGCAUCAGCUCUCGAGAGCCGGUCUGACCGUUGUUGAUUCAAAAUCAGAAAAAUAAGUGGAUGCGCUGUUAAUUAUCUGUCAAUUGGUAUUUAUCAUUAACUUAUAGUUUUGUUUUUUGAUUUUCAAAUUCCUUGUGAAAAUUAGUGCAUUUCAGGUGGAAAGCAAGGUGUAUGAAGAAGUGAGAAUUAUUUGGCAAUGUCUACAGGGAAAGUGCAAUUUGACCAGAUUUUUUUA